UCGUAGUAUACACGGUGUGUACAUGAACCUAUAGUUUUAAUCAUUCGUAUGAAGAACAAAAAGCGUUUCACCAAUCUUCCUAUUAUUCGACCCGUAAUUAUGACCGAGGAUGUAACUGUAAUGAUCCAGAAAGGCCUAUCCGAGUGGUGGAGUGAGGAAACCGAAUAUAUCUUCCAACGAAUCGAACGAUGGGCCGCAUACGCGAGAGGUUACAACCGUUUGAGGUCUCAGAGACUGUCGAGAGGUCGCAUGACGAUGCAAGGAGGACAGGAGCCGCGAUGGAGCAUUUCGUCGAAUAAGCUAGUCAUCGAUGAAUCCACGUGGAAUCCUCGUUUCCAUACCUUGAAAAAAUCUCGACGAAAGUCACGACCCGAGGAGACCAAGAUCAAUUGUUGCGGAACCUUCAAUUACCAAUCAAACAGUAAUCUCGACAGUUCCUGCUUGGAAACGUAUAGGUAUGAUCAUAGUAUUUACUUCAAGACUAUUGGCGACAUAAAAAAUGGAAAGAAGGAGAUGAACGAUGAUACGAAGAACGAGGAUGAAGAUAGGAUUUCUAUUAGCAGUGAGGAGUUGGUUGAAUGGGACGUUAGCACAGUAUCGGAUUUUAUCGCCAAUCAAUUACUGGAAAGCAGGAUCGAUGAUGAUGAUGAUAAUGAAAAUGUCUUCAACCCGAUGGCUAAUUCUGAUCAAAACGAGAAUAGAUUUGCCUCUGUUUGGUUUAACGUGGAUUUAUCUAAACUCGAUCUAAAUGAAGACGAUGUUAGCAUUGACAAUGGACAAGAUAACGAGAAUAAUUUGACCAUUACCGAGAUUGAGGAAGAAUCGAAUAAUAAUUAUAUACAGAGUGAAAAAUCUCUGAUGAAUACGAAUGCGAGGAAUAAAAAUAAAUUAAACUGUCUGAACGAAGAUAAAAUUACGUAUAACGGGGAAGAAAGGAAGGAAAAAAACGAGGAAGGAAUGAAGAGAUUCCACGAGAUUCGAAGAACUAAAAGAUUGUUAAGGACAGUUAAGCAAGUUCCGGUUGUAGGUGACAACAAUGUGAUUUGGCCGAGUGUUUUAUUGAAUUAUACUAAAAACAUCGACUCUUCCAAUUCGCCGCAUCAUUACAAGAAAUCACAGAAAUAAAUACAAAUUUUAACAAUAUUAUCAUUACUUGAUGCAUUAUAUUAAUUUUACAAUUAUAUAAAUGUUUCAAUAAUAGAUUCAUAUAAAAUUAUGUUAUAUUUAAUAUCGUUUCAGCGAAUGUAUGUAUUUCUUUUGUAUUGAAUACACAACAUG